AGAUAUAUAAUGAAUCACGGUGGCGUGCAGAGCUCGCCGGUGCAGCAGAUGGUGGCCGCCGGCAGCCCCACCUGGUGGAGCAUCAACAACAUAAGACCCCCUCUCCACCACCACCCCUUCUCCGCCGCCCCGCCGCCGCACCACCACCACCACCAUGAUCAUCAUCAGUUCGCACCGCCCUCAUCGUGGAAUCAUGAUGAUGACGACUACGGCCUCCAUGCUGACUCGUGGAGCCAACUUCUCCUAGGAGGAUUGGUCGGGGAAGAUGAACAUAUUCAGGCGAAGAAGAUGGAGAAUUGGGAGCAACAAUUUCUGAAUAAUAAUAAUAAUCAUCAGAAUAUUUCCAAAAAUAAUGCUAUAAAGCAAGAAAAUAAUAUUAAUGUAAUGGGCACUAAUUAUAACAUAGAAGUAUUCCAAGGGGCAAAACCGUCAAACAACAAUAAUAAUUGCAGCAGCUGGUCUCAUAUUCAUCAUCAACAAAUGAAUAUUUCUGCUUCAUCUUCAAAGUCAUGUAUCACCACUGCCAACAAUCUCCUGGAUUUCUCUCCUCCAUCUGAGUGCAAUAGCACUGCAACAACAGGUGGGGCAGCAGCCAAGAAAGCUAGAAUUACUCAACCAGCUGCUUCUUCAGCACACUCUACCAUCAAGGUGAGGAAAGAAAAACUUGGUGACAGAGUUACUGCCCUCCACCAGCUAGUUUCUCCAUUUGGCAAGACUGACACAGCUUCUGUACUGUUGGAAGCUAUUGGAUACAUUAAAUUCCUACAGAACCAAAUUGAGGCCCUAAGCCAACCCUACUUGGGCAGUGGUUCUUCAAGAAACUUGGUCAGCCAACAACACCCCCCUGUUGUUCAAGGAGAGAGAAAUUGUUUAUUUCCAGAGGACCCUGGCCAGCUGCUGAAUGAAAACUGCAUCAAGAGGAAAGAAAUAUCUGAUCUGGAAUGCAACGAUGAAGAACCGAAGCAAGAUUUGAAGAGUAGGGGGCUGUGCUUGGUUCCGAUAUCUUGCACGAUCGACGUCGGGAGCGAGAUUAACGGAGCUGAUUAUUGGGCUUCAGCUUUCGGUGCUGCAAAUUUCCGAUAAAAAUUAAAAUUAAAUAUUGAAAUUAGCGGACGACUAAUUAUUUUUCAGAUGAAAAAAAAAAGAUGACAUAAUAUCAUGAGCAGUCAAUCUGCUAAAAAAAUUCCAAGGCUGACUGCUUCUGAUGCUAUGCAUUUUUAUCAGGUUUAUUAUUAUAUGUUGUUGAAUCAAUUUCGCACGUUAAUUCGAAUUCGUGAGUUGUAAUGAUGUUUAUUUUGUUUUAAGAAAUUGGAUUAUUGCGCUGAUUUU